AUGAAUAAUACAACGUCAAGUCAAGUGGUACAAAGUGAACCAGAAAUUCGUGUCUUUGAACAGUUUUACGAGAGACAGAUUGUUGUGGCAAUUGUCAUCACUGUUGUCAUCCUUGGCACAGUUGGUAACAGCUUCGUCAUCAUCGCUGUUGGUUUAUCCAAGAAACUCCGGACGACCACCAACGUCUUCGUCGUCAAUUUGGCCGUUGCAGACGUACUGACCUGCCUCUUUCUGCCCUGGCAGGCUGUUGCGGUCCUGGAAGGGGACGAGUGGCCCAUACCGCGGGCACCAUGGAUUUGCACUGCUGCUUCCUUUGUCGUGUUGGUCACAAUCGGAUGCAGCAUCAACAGCCUGGCUCUAAUUGCCGUCAACCGUUGGGUGGGCAUCACCAAGUCUCGCUUCACCACCUGUCGCAUCUACACCGUCCGUAAGCUCGCUCUGAUGGUCAUCUUCUCCUGGGCUAUACCGCUCGGCUGCGCCCUAACGCCUGUCCUGACAGACUUAGGCGAACUGGGCUACGAGAAGCUUUACUCCAGCUGCACGUGGGACAGAUCAAACCCGUACUCGUUCCACUACAACAUAUUUAUCGCAGCCAUCUACUACCCGAUGCAGCUGACCGUCAUCAUGGUCUGCUACGCGUCCAUCUUCUGUUACGUCUUCAAGACAUCGCGUAAGAUGACACGCGCUGACGCUCCGUCCAUCGCGGAGAAAGUCAGCGGCGGAGGUACCAACCGCGCCAUGAGAAGAAAGCUGUGGAAGAGACAACUAGACGUCACCAAAAACCUGUUGUACAUCGUCAUGGCGUUCAUCCUCUGCCUAACGCCUUACUUCACGGCCAUCAUUUUCUCUGCGGAUUGGACCUACCGUCUUACCCCCUGGGCUGGUGUCAUUUUGUUCUGCAACAGCUGCGUCAACCCCUUCAUCUACGCAACCUCGCAUCCAGAUUUCAAAGAGGCUUUCGGGCACAUGGUAAGGUGUCGCAAAAGCCUCAGAAGUAGAUCAAGCCAGCAGUAAAAAUAAACAGUAGCUCUCAAGUGAACCAAGGCUACACGACAGAAAACACACCCAGAAACUCUGAACACCAACCGCCAAGUGGAUUCCUUCAAUGACAAAAAAAAUCGGUUGUAACCACGGUCUUUUCCCUGUACUUUUUUUAAAGUCUUCUCAUGGGCUAUACCUCUCAGCUGUACACUGAAACUAUCAGUCUGUUAAUUGCAGGAAUCUACUACACAGUACAUGUGAUUACUAUUACCAUCAAUUCAUUCUUUUCCAUUUCUUGUACGACCGGAACACGUCACAAGAGACGAUGGAGGCAAUUCGAGGAAACACAGCGACAUGAGUAUAUGAGUAUGAGGAUAUCUCAGAGACAACUAGGUGUCACAGAGAACUUGUUGUUCAUCGUCUUGGCGUUCAUUCUCUUCACGCCAUGUUCCGUUCCGCCAUAUUAUGGGGUGCUUGGAGUGCUGCCACGUUUCGUCAGGAUUGAACUCUUUAUUGUUUGUAAAUGGAGUCUCUAUACAUUCGGGUUUAUGUUUUGAGCAUUCAAGUGAU